AUGGCGUACUCAUACGAUUCAACAGAGGGUCUAAACUUCUCCUACUACUAUUAUAUCACUCAUAACAUAACAUGGAAUCGCAUGAACGUAGCAGCGGCGGCAGUUACCAGCUCGUUGGCCAUCAUCGGUAUAGUUGGUAAUGCCUUGGUAGUCUACAUAGUGUUUAAAUACCGCGACAUGCACACAGUUACCAACAUGUAUAUUAUGAAUCUGGCGAAGACGGAUAUCUGUUUUUUGGUAGUAUGCGCACUUCCUACUGCAUCGCAACUGGUCAAUGGUGGUGUCUGGAAUUUCGGUGAAUUUAUGUGUCGUUUUACUGCCUAUAUCCAAAGUGUUACUGUACAAGCCACAUGUGCGACUUUAACAAUGAUGGCACUUGAUCGUUAUUUCGUAAUUUAUAAUCCACUGAAGGCUCGGGCUCGAAGAACAAAGAAAGCUGCAUUGACCAUAAUAGCAAUCAUAUGGCUCGCUUCGUUUCUGAUGCACAUACCGAUGGCCGUGUACACCGAAGUCAUGAUAGAUCCGUACUUUUUAACACCAGCCUGCGUUCCCACAAUGGCGAUGCACGUCCCGAUAUUUGCAAAGUGCUAUGAUGUGUAUGCAGUAUUGGUCAUGUACGCGAUUCCACUUUACGUCAUCACUAUUUGUACAACGUGUAUCAUCAACAAAAUCUGUAAUGCGAAAUUACCCGCUAAGCUUCAGAAAUCGCGGAACGUUCGGCAGCGGGUAGAGAGCGAUGCAUCUGGCGAGUAUUCGACACGCCGCGUUGUCACCGUCAAAACUGAAGACUCCAUCGAGCAGAAAUGGCGCAUUACACUAAUGGUCCUUAUCGUUGUCAUAUUCUUCGUGGUGUGCUGGGGUCCUGUCCACGCUGUCACGCUUUAUUACACUUUCGUCAGUCCUGAGUUGUACGACAUGCAAACUAUGAUGCCACUCUCCGCUGUGGCAUUGUGUCUGUCUUAUUUGAAUUCAUGCGUCAACCCCUUCGUAUACGCGUUUGUUGGGAACAAUUACCGAAGACACCUAGCUGAAAUUGUCCGCUGUGCUGCAUGUAAGAAGCGACACGCCAGAAAAAAUCAGCGAAGCGCAUUCGUUUUGACAUCUCGCAGUUUGACUAAGACAAUAUUAAUAUAA